CUAGUACCCCUUCCCCGCCCCAGGUGCCUCCCCUCUUCCAGUGGCCCAUAUCCAUUAAUAUUUCAUAGACUUUGAGGAGCAGCUCAGACCCGCGUCCCUUAGCCUGCAGUCUGCGAAACCCCGCCCUCGGCCCACGGAGCAGAAACGGGGCGAGCAUGCGUAUUGCGCGGCCCCACCUCAGCGUUGCCUUGGUGAUCCGGGAUGGACCACGCCCAUCGGGCUGAGUGAGCGGAGGGUCGGGGGUCCCAGGGCCACGGGUGUGACAUGUCAUAUGCUUUUGGUGCACCCGGUCCUCCGCACCGUCCCGGAGCCGCGGGCCGAGCGUCCUCCCCCAGUCCGGGAGCGACGCUGCGCCGAGCGGUCGAACCCCCGAGAUGUGGAAGCUGAGCCGGAACCGGGUGCUUCUGGACGAGCCCCCCGAGGAGGAGGACGGGCUGCGCGGGGCACAGGCGGCUGCAGCAGCCGCCCCGGCGCCGGUGAGGGCACGCUUGGGGGCGCAGGGAGCAAGUCUCAGAGGUUGGAAAGAAGUAACUUCUCUGUUUAAUAAAGAUGACGAACAGCAUCUGAUCCAGGCGUCCAAAUCUCCCAAGUCCAAAGGAAGCAAUCUGCGACUAAAAGAAGAAUUGAAGGCUGAGAAGAAAUCAGGAUUCUGGGACACUUUGGUUUUGAAACAGAAUAUCCAGCCGAAAAAACCAGACCAGAUCGAAGGUUGGGAGCCUCCCAAACUUACUGCUGAAGGUUUGGCAGCCGAUGCCGAGGAUGGUCUAAGUGGCUGCCCACCCUGGUCUGGCUGGGAAGAUGAUACCAAGGGCUCUACCAAGUACACCAGCCUGGCCAACUCAGCCAGCAGCUCCCGCUGGAGCCUCCGGUCAGCAGGGAAGCUGGUCAGCAUCAGGCGACAGAGCAAGGGCCACCUAACAGAUACCUGUGAGGAGCUGGAAUGAACCGAAGGAGCUUCACUGUGACAUCACAUUGCUUUUAGGGUUGGCCAAGCCCGGUGGCCUUCUACUAGUGUACCAUUAAUCUGUUGAGCCCUCUCAUAGUCAAGGAACGGGAUCCACUGAGUUGCUUGUGUUUCGCGCUCAGUGACCCACAUGCGCCAUGGCUUCCUGGUGACGUCUGGUUGCCUUACUGCGGAAACACCGAAAGGACAUGUGAUUGCAGACACUAUCCUGUGAGGUCGAAUAACAACUCACAGUCCCCUCUAAGCUUCAGGCCAGCCUCAGUCACUUCUCUCUUAAGAACCUCCACAUCUUGUCCGUGCAUGUGACCUGAGCGUGAACGUGGCCUCUGUGGUACCUUCUCCCUUUGUCAGAAUACGAGAAGCACCUUCCAAAGUUACAGUAAUUCAGUUGAACAACAGGUUCAUUUUUCCCUUAUUAAGAUCAAAACAAAACAAAAAUCUAGAUGCUGGAAGUGACCGAGGUGGUUUGAAGUAGAAUGUCAGGGCAUUUUGAGUGGCCCAUCUGCUGCUGAGGAGGAGUGAGUGGCCUCCAGUGUGAGCUUGGGUGGCAACUGGUUCUCUUACGGAAUUGUAUUUUUACUUUUGGACUUUUAAAUACGGAUCUUUCUUUUCAUUAAAAAAAAAAUGUUGAUUUUCAACUUAAAGAUUAAAGAAAUAUAUGAGUGAAUGUUAAGUCACCCAAUAAUCUUAGCUUUGCUCAGAAAACAUCAACCUGCUCACUGUAGAGUUAAAACUGUAUAUAAAAUACUGAAGUGCCUCUUUUCUAGUAUUCUCAGAUGUUUAGUUUUUCAAAAUGAGAUACUUUUAUGAUUGACAUUAGAUCUAUAAGAAGUGUUGUCUCCUCCCCCGCCCUGCCUGUCUCACGCUGGUGACUGUCCUCACUCGCUCGCGGUCCUGGGUGUUGGCAGGAUUGAUGUCUCUGUAUCUGUAGGGGACAGUCCACAACAGGUCUUGCACGUGUUUUUGCUCUUCAGUUACAGUACUUUGACAGAGGAGGUGUGUGUCUCUUUGUUUUGGUUAAAAAUUAAUAGCUUCCCGUCACACUGUCCUUGAGCUUCUCAGUGUGGUCGGUUUGCUGCUUCAUGUAAAUGGAUGUCCCUCUUAAUGUCCUGUGGCACAGUGGAAUGGCCUGAUGCAUAUGUAGUGUCCGAGUGUCGAUGUCUUUAAAGGAACAAGUUUACGAGAUCUGUCUACAGCUACAUGUCUGUCUGUCCACCACCUAGCCAGCCAGCCAGGUGUCUCCAUUCACCUGUCCACCUGUCCACCCAUCAGUCUAGCCACCCAUCAACCGAGCUGUUUAUCUUUUCAAACUAGAGUAAGUUUACUUACUGGGUUUUGAGAGGGCUUUACACGGUGUUUAAAUAAAAAAUUCUUAACACCUGGAAA